UCUGUAUUCCCUCUUUAAAAGGCUUCGCCGGUAAGAGAGAGAAGCAAAAGUGGAACGUCUCUUCUCUUUGCAGCUUUGCUUCUUCUUUCUCCCUUUGAGCUUGCUUCCCAGAUCUGGCGUUGGGGUUUCCUCCUGGGGGUGCUAGGAGUUGGGAUGGGACAGCAGACGCUCAUCUACAGUUUCGUCGCGCGGGGGACGGUGAUCCUGUCGGAGUACACGGAAUUCACCGGAAAUUUCACUACCAUUGCCUCCCAGUGCCUCCAGAAGCUCCCCGCGGCCAACAACAAGUUCACCUACGACUGCGACGGCCACACAUUCAACUACCUCGUCGAGGACGGCUACACAUACUGUGUAGUUGCAGUUGAGGCAGCUGGAAGGCAGAUCCCCAUUGCAUUCCUUGAGAGAGUGAAGGAGGACUUCACCAAAAGAUAUGGAGGAGGAAAAGCUGCAACAGCUGCGGCCAACAGUUUAAACCGAGAGUUUGGGUCCAAACUUAAAGAGCACAUGCAGUACUGUGUCAACAACCCUGAGGAAAUCAGCAAGCUGGCCAAAGUGAAAGCUCAAGUUUCUGAAGUAAAAGGAGUCAUGAUGGAGAACAUCGAGAAGGUGCUUGAUCGUGGAGAGAAAAUUGAGCUACUUGUGGAUAAAACCGAAAAUCUUCGCUCUCAGGCUCAAGAUUUCAGGCAGCAAGGAACAAACUUGAGAAGGAAAAUGUGGCUACAGAACAUGAAGAUUAAACUGAUUGUUUUGGCCAUCAUUAUCGCUCUAAUCAUGAUCAUUGUCCUGUCUGUUUGCCAUGGCUUCAAAUGCUGAUGGGUGCUACCAAUGCCCAUAUUACGCAAUGGAGAAUACUAAUACCAAUUGCUGCUCAAAUGGAAAUGUUGAAUUGAUGAAGAUGAAUGAUUCAGGGCAUCAUGUUAUAGGAGAGAAUUUUACUCAAAAUUUCUUUGGAAAUGAGGUGAGAUUGACUACAUACUACUUGAUGAUAUAUUUCAAUGCGUUUCUUGUUGCCACUUUAAGAAAUAGUAUUCUAUAGGAUUGAUGCUGGAAUAA